UUAUCAAAAUAAUGACUGUUGUGAUGGUGUUAUUGAUGAGUUUCGAUACCUAUCAAUAGUUUGUGUACCUGCGCUAAUAGCUAAGUUGAUUUGACUACGAGAUCGAGGAAAAAAAGAAUCGCCUGUUAGCGUCAAUAAUGUUGACAAGUGCAAUAUUGUUAUCCUCGAGAAAACUGUUUGUGUUCAUUUGAAAUUUUCUAGUUUAAUCUGGUUAUUAUUUAACGUCCUGAUAAUCUGUUGUAAAGUACGAUUAUUAUUACAUUCGUUUCGUACUUUGAGAAGUCGUAGUAGUUCGAAUUAAUCGAUUGAAGUUACGGACAAGAUUCAAUCAUGUUUUCGGCGUUCAAGAGAUUGGCUGGAAAAUCCGAGGGGGUGUCCUCAUCGUCCCCUAGACCAGCUCAUCAAUCCAUGCCUACGAAUUUGCAGAGGAAAUUUGCAAAAGGCGUCCAGUAUAAUAUGAAAAUAAUAAUUAAAGGGGAUAGAAAUGUUGGAAAAACAUGUUUGUUCCAUAGAUUGCAAGGGCAAAAGUUUGUCGAAGAAUAUGUACCCACAGAUGAAAUUCAAGUUGCCAGUAUACAGUGGAACUACAAGGCGACAGAUGAUGUUGUUAAAGUUGAAGUUUGGGAUGUCGUCGAUAGAGGCACAAGAAGAAAGAAAAUGGAUGGUUUGAAAAUGGACAAUAUUGCAUCGGCUGAGAGUGUUAUUGAGGAGCCUGCACUGGAUGCAGAGUUUUUAGAUGUCUAUAAGGGAACCAAUGGUGUAAUAAUUAUGAUGGAUAUAACUAAACACUGGACUUUUGAUUAUGUUCAACGAGAACUGCCAAAGGUGCCCAGCCACAUACCUGUUAUUGUUUUAGGUAAUCACUGUGAUAUGUCACAUCACAGAACAGUUACAAGUGAUCACGUUACUUACUUCAUUGAAUCAUUGGGAGAGAGGACUGCACAGAUUCGCUACGCAGAAUCUUCCAUGAGAAAUGGAUUUGGUUUGAAACUUUUGCACAAAUUUUUCAAUCUUCCAUUCCUUCAAUUACAAAAAGAGACUCUUUUACAGCAAUUAGAAACCAACAAAGAGGAAACAAAUUUAACUGUACAGGAGUUGGAUCUUUUCCAAGAUAGCGAAGAUGCAGAUUAUAAUAAAUUUUUAGACAAUUUGGUCAACAAACGAAGAGCAGCAGCCGAUUCGGUUUCUGCCACAUUAAUUCCCAAUGUGCAGUCUUCUCUCAGCCCUCACGGCAACAUCAAUCACGCAAACGUACCCGUCGCAAAAGUACUGGGACCGAUCGGAGGUGGCACUCCGAUUCCAGUCAAGACUGCGGAUAUCAAGCUAUUGGUGAAAAAAGACGCGUCCACGCUGUCUCAAGCGAACGGUGGAAGCAGGAGCGAACCAUCCGCGCUCUCGAGCAGUGCCAGCGUUCCCGAGCACAUGAAUUCCAAAUCGACCGUCAACAGCGUCAGUCCAUCCAAAGUAUCGUCCAUUCGAAAGCAGAUGAGCCUCGACAAGGACAAGACGACGACGACGGCGUCGGGCGAGGAAACGAAGACGGUUUUCGGCGUGCCGAUCGCCAGCGUGGAAGACUUCGUGCCCGACGACGGAUACAUCGACAAAUCGUUUUUAGAAGAUAAUAGUCAUUCGAAUUCACAGGCGAGCCAGAAGAAACAGCUCGACUCCGAUAGCGACACGGAAACGGGAAAUCCUCUGGUGGCCGGUAUCGAGGACGAUCUGUCCUCGGCCGACGAGAUGCCGUCCCCAGUCCCGGUACUGACGACCCUAUCCGAGAAUCCGCUCAGCAAGCAGAGGCACAAACGAAGCGGCGGUGGCGGCGACAUGGCCAACUCAGUGGCGGCCUUCACCAUCGACUCGUCGCCGCCACCGUCGUCGAUCGUCAAGCGCCGCGGCUCCAGCUCGUCGAUCGAGCAAGAGCUCCGGCUGUCGAGCAAGCUGCAGCUUCAGCAGGACGCCGCGAACUCCGACGACGCCACCGCGACGUUCGACAGCUGGCUGGGCCAGCGCGGCGACUCCUGCAAGUGGCGACAGAGCCCCGAGGGCGGCGAGGACGUCAGCAGCAGCGUCAGCGUCAGCGCCAAGAAGGACAGGCUGCAUCAUCAUCAUCACGAGCUGAGCGACAAGAGCCUCGACGCCAGCGUGACCAGCUCGAACGUACAUCUGGAUCUGCUGGACAACGGCAGCGCGAGGCAGCCCAGCUCGAACAGUAGCAGUCCGGUGAUGAAGGAGAAGAAGAAGCACAGGGACAAGACUGAGGACAAGGAGAAGAAGAAGAAGAAAAAGUCAAAGGACAAGGACAAAUCCGACAAAUCCGAGAGGAAGAAGAAGAAGUCGUCGAAACGAGAGGAGAGACAGCGCGACGAGCUGGAGGAGUUCUUGAACGGGCCGAGUUCGGGCCUCGACGCGGCUUACGAAGCGAUUUAAUGAUUGAAUUGUACUUCAUUAUACACAUUGCAAUUGCGUUAUCGUUACUUAACGAGGAAUCACUCGAAGCGUUAAAACUCUUGAUUGUACUUUUUUACAGCGACCGCAAAAAUUUUGUCCGAUCUCUUUCAGCGUGUAACAUCGAAUUUGACACAAUAAUUGCAUUAAUGAUAUAUACGACAUCGUUACAGACGAAUUUCCGACCGAUGUGAUUUUAGUUACUUCAUUUAGAAUUACGCGAUAGCUAUAAUAAACAUAUAUUUUUAUACUCGUAUAACUUUUUCGAAAGAAUUUCCAUGAAAUAGAACCGAUUAUAGUUUUUUCUUCAUUCGCGCGCGAAAUUACUUGUGGGCAACGUCUAUAUGUAUAAAUAUUCCAAAUGAACGAGAGACAUGUCGCAAUGCGCCCGUUGCCGAUUAAUCAAAUGUAAUCUAUUAUUAAAUGGCAUUUGUUAAACUUCAUUUAAGAUAUAAAUAAAAGCUAUAUUGACUGUUUGAAAAGUAUCUACAUAUAUUAUAAAUAUAUAUCAUUUGUUCAUCAUGGUAUUGAGAGAAAAAGUAAUAAAAUUUAUUCAGUGCGAA